GGAAGAAGAUAGGGGGAACGCAGAGAAGGAGAUAUGGCGUCCUCGAUCUGGAAAGGGUUGGUGGGGAUCGGCCUGUUUGCCUUGGCACACGCGGCCUUUUCCGCUGCUCAGCAUCGUUCUUACAUGAGAUUAACCGAGAAGGAAGAUGAAACACUGCCAAUAGAUAUAGUCCUCCAAACUUUACUGGCAUUUAUAGUGGCCUGCUAUGGCAUUGUACACAUUGCUGGAGAGUUUAAACACAUGGACGCCACUUCAGAAUUAAGGAAUAAGACGUUUGACACAUUAAGAAACCAUCCAUCGUUUUAUGUAUUCAACCAUCGCGGGCGGAUAAUGUUCCAGCCUCCAGAGUCCGAGGACUGCCAUCGAAAUCAAGCUCCAUUCUCAUCCAACUCGUCACUAAAGCUUUCCAAACUAGAAGCAAUGCACCGCUGAGACCACAGACAUUUUUACAGAUGAUUAUAGAGCAGGACACUGUACAAACUAUGGCGUUCAGGAUGUACCCACUUAUUAUUUUUUAAAGUGUUUUUUUUUCUUUUUCUGGAGCAGUAUUUAUAUUGUUCUUCCAGACUUUAUAAAAGGGGGACUUUCUUUGUACACUGAUCAUGAAAAGGGCUGUAUUGUGGACUGGCAAUGCAGUGUAACUUAUUGCUACAAUUACGCUGUGAAAGAUGUCUUUUAUCUAUGAAUCAUUAAACAAUGCUGCAGUAGUUUUCUUUUCCUGGA